CAGACUGCUGAAUCUGACCGAGAGACAAGUGAAAAUCUGGUUCCAGAACCGCAGGAUGAAGAUGAAGAAAGACAACAAAGACCGCAGGAGAGACACAGCUUAUCCGAGACCAACGAGGACGAGAUGAAUUACGAAUUCGGCCUCGAAAGUGGUUUUAUCAACAGCCGCCCGUCGCUCGCCGAGUGCCUGACAUCCCUCCACGCGUUCCGGAGCGCAUCCGUCAAGACCUCGCCGCCCGGUCCUCCUCCUUCUCCUCCGGCCGCUGACCUCCACGGUCGCUCCGAGCUGCAGCUGCCGGAGAGGGGCUGCGGCAGCCCGGCGCACGGCGCAGCGCCGUCACCUGCCCGGGAGCACCCGUGGAUGAAGGGUGCAGCCUCCUCGCCGCUGCAAGCUUCACCAGAGAUACCUGCCGAGAACGUCUCCAAGAGGCUGAGGACGGCGUACACUAACACCCAACUUUUGGAGCUGGAGAAGGAGUUCCACUUUAACAAGUACUUGUGCAGACCCAGGCGAGGGGAGAUAGCGUCCUUGUUGGAUUUAACCGAGAAGCAGGUCAAGGUGUGGUUUCAGAACCGCAGGAUGAAGCACAAGAGACUGCAGACUCACUGCAAGGAGGACCGGGACUGUGACGACGCGCAGGGACAAGAAGAAAGCCAGAAUUUAGAGCCAGAUACUUCAAACGAUGCGUAUUUGUGUACAAGUGAGAAAAAUGUUAAACAUUCCGUGGACAUGUCUCCCAUAACUCCCGUGUGCGCGUCCUGCAAAAUAGGCCCAGACAAUGAUCUCUCUCCCGGCUCGCACAGUCAUCUCUCCCCGGGGAUUGACGUCUCUUUGCGGGCCCUUUUCUCCCCCGCCUCCUCCUUCUCAUCAGGCCAGAGUCCGCCGCAUUUAUCCCCACAAACUUUGGCACGUUUCUCAGAAACACAUACAGACCUGCAUAAUUUGAGCUAUUAGAAGUAUUUUAUUUUCAUGCACUCUUGCUUGUUCAUUUAUAAAUAGACUAAUAGAAAUAAGAUAAGCACUAUAUGUAACAAAACAUUUUAAAUUCUUACUGCAAAUGUCCUUUUUUUGGUCGAGAAUGUUUAGGGAUGGUUGCUAAAAAUAAAGGUUUUUGUACAGUAUUCCUAAUUAAUACUUAUUUGUAUAACACAUAUUUUUUUCUUUUAAAUAAAACAAUUUUACAUUUUAUUUAUUUUAAAUAAAAAACAAACAAACACUAUUUGUAGUUAGGUUCCCCUGUUUGGACUCAAGUAGGGCAAGCUAUUCGACUUUUCUUGGCUGUCUAAUUACUUUUUAUUGGCUAUAAAACUCACAGCAGCGAGGAUGCUUGUUUGUUGCAUUUUUCACCAUCCUUUGAAUUACCAAACCUUGCACUAUUCUGCCUGUCCAAACUUUUUAUGAGCUACAUUAUAGUUUAGAAUGAAUUAAAAGCUACUCCUUUGCUUUUAUUUUUUAUUUUUUUCUGUAUUGUGUAGUUAUAAUUAUAUGCUUUCACUUGUAAUUGUAUUGAAUUGUGGACCCCAGGAAGACUAGUGGGUUGUUGAGGCAACCAGCUAAUGGGGAUCCUUAAUAAAAAUCAAUUCAAAUCCUGAUAUAUAAAAAAAAAACAUGCAGGAAAAAUAUUUUUAUACAGAAAUAGUCGUUCAAUGUGAACAUGAUUGAGUCUUAUUUUGAAAUAUUUUCUAAAUGCAAUUUAGUUGACAGAACCAUCACCCUCUUAAACAGGGAUUAACAGAAAAAUAACAGUGAAUUCAAAGCAGGAUGUUUAGCUUCUAUUACCUUUUCUAAAUAACUUCACUUUCAAACUGAGAAAUUACACGCACAUGAUUUUUUCUUUGUUUUUGUGCUGCUGCCACAUUACUGUCCAAACCCACCACAAAUGUUUUUAAUAUUAGUUAUUAGUAUGGAUAUUUUGGCCUUUUUCUCUUUCCAUUGUGUCUUUUUGCGCUACCCUCCACCACCCAUUUUUCUGUUUUGUUUUAAUUUUAUCACGAGCCAAUAAAAAAUUAACCUUGUGACACAAAUGGCCCCCAAACUGCACUUUGGAUUCAU